UCACAGACUGGAUAAUCCAGUCGGAAAAGCCACCUAUCCCACAGUUCCGUGCAUUUGCGCCAUUUUCGUUGUUUGCAUCGGUCUCAAGAAACUAACAUCACAAUGUCAGACGAAAAAAAGGUCAACGAUGAAAAGUGCGGAAACGAACAUAUAAAUCUGAAAGUCACAGGUCAAGAUGGUAGUGUUGUUCAUUUUAAGAUUAAAAAGAAUACCCCCCUCAGAAAACUUAUGUCUGCCUACUGUAACAGAGCUGGUAUCACAGUUGGUGCUGUAAGAUUCAGAUUUGAUGGUAAUCCUAUGGAUGAUGAUGACACACCCCUCUCGAUGGACAUGGAAGAUGGCGAUUCUAUAGACGUAUUUCAACAGCAGACGGGCGGAUUGUGUACAUAAAAAUGUUUAAAAAGUGACUUGGAACCAGUGAUUUUUUUGUGUCAAGGACUACAUUCUGGAACCUGGUACAUUUGGUGCCACACAUCUUGUAGAUGUGUCCAUUCAUCUUGUAAUGUCCAACGUCAUCCUUCACUUAUACUUGUCAUACAUUGUGUCUCGGAAUCACCUUCUGUCGUUAUAAUAAAGGAUAUGGUGUCCUGGGGUUAUAGGGGACACUGCUGGUCAGCUCAUUAUAUGAAAUUAUCAUCAAAGUUAAUAGUCCGGUUUCUGAUCCCAUCUUUAUUUGUUUAAAAAUGAUCCAUUGCUCCAUAAUAAUAUCAUUGUGAAAAAUAAUGUGUCUGUGUAUCAACUUUAAUUUGCGAAUCAAAAUUGUGCUAACAAUGAGGCUGUUCUGCUUUUGGGAAGAAAGAUUUUGUUAAUGUCAUGCAGUUGUAUUGUGACCAGUUUUAACAAAUUUUGUAAGAUACAUCGUGUACAAAAUAUUUUAUUUUUUAAAUUUUCUUCUUCAGUCAGCUUUUUGUUAGUGAAAGGUAUUAAUUAAUUACAUGGUAAUUUUCCGACAACAAUGUCCCCUAUUCAAUAUAUAAUAUUAUGAUAUAUAAGUUAUCAUUUAGUACUGUUUUGUGUCCAAUUUUUAUGUUGUAUAUCAUUUGUCAUCUCAUAUAAAAUCAUACCUUCAUU